GUAAAGGGUACAAUUAUCCGGUCGUAUCCCUUCAUCUGUCGUCUUACGGAGCUGUUGUGAUACUUCUCUUCUUUAUCUGAUCUUGCCAAGGAAUUCAUUAUCAAGCCAUCGCUAUUUUCCCCAAAAUUCCAUCAUCUUUCUCUUUCUGCUGCUUUUAUCCAUGGCGGAUCAAUUGAAACACACUGCUCUUCUUGUUAUCGACAUGCAGAAAGAUUUCCUUGACGAACAAUCCGUCUUCGCUGUCCCCGGAGCCACCACCAUACUUCCCUCCGUCAUUAAUACUGUCGAAAUCGCAAGGAACCGCGGGUUGUUCAUCGUUUGGGUUGUUCGAGAACAUGAUCCUCAAGGACGCGAUGUUGAACGGUUCCGCCGCCAUUACUAUGGCAGUGGGAAGCCGAAUCCUGUUUCAAAGGGAAGCAAAGGGGCAGAAUUAGUCGAAGGGCUUGAAAUGAAAGAAGGAGAGUACAAAUUGGUGAAAACUAGGUUCAGUGCUUUCUUUAAUACUAAUUUGCAUUCCCUUCUGCAAGGGAUGGGUAUUACUGAUUUGGUCGUCUCUGGUGUUCAAACCCCAAAUUGUAUCAGACAGACUGUUUUUGAUGCUGUAGCUUUGGAUUAUCAUUCUAUCACUCUUCUUUCUGAUGCAACUGCAGCUGCUACUCCCAAAAUUCAUCAUGGUAAUAUCACUGAUAUGGAGAAUGUGGGAGUUGUGGUCAUGAGAGUUGAUGAAUGGGGGGGACUCUGACGCUUGAACCCAAUUCUGCCAUUGGAAAUGAAGUUCUAAAUCUUAACAUCUUGGUCGCUGGCAAUUUUGAUCUACUUCUAUGAAUCCAUGGUUUGAUCUUCAACAAUGCUUCUUGUUUUCUUUUUUCCAUUAUGUAAAGACAUUCAUAUUGAAACAAUCUCUCAACUUUGAUACUCUUACUCUGUAUAAUAAAAGAAAACAAGCUUUCUUUUUCAUGGAAGAGAAGGGUAUUUCUUCUCUCUCUCUCUCUCUUCUUUUGCAGUGGAAGAAAUGAAAAGAAGUAUUGUGUACUAA